ACAUACCCCACCUGUUGCACCGCUUUCUUCAAGCCCUAGCGUUUUGAAGAAAAAGCCUGAACUCCACGCAGUCCUUGCCCCACCUCUGCCUAGCUGCUCCAGAUUGAAUCUCUGCACCUAAGUACCCUCUCUAACAAGCACCUCGUCGCCAUGAGUGAUGGCGACGGGUGGCAGGUGCAGGGUUCGAAACAGUUUAGCGGCAAGGAGGCCACUGGGCAAGCAAGUGCCCAGCAGCACACCCAGUCUGCAUAAGACCUCCUGGUUUGACCAGCGCCUCCUAAGCCUGUGAACCAGUAGCCUCUCGCCAAUACUUGUGCCGACCCGUUUCCUCCGCUGCCUCGCAAUCCUGCGCAGGAGAGCGGACGCAUGUCCCCGCUGCCCCACAGUCCAACGCGGGAGGUUGGACGCGUGUUCCCGCUGAGACGCAGUCCUCAGCGUAGUCCCGCGCCAGUGUCACCAGCUUGCCGCUGCCCGCUGCGCCCAUCUUCAACUGCGUCUGCGGCGCGUCGCAGCCCAAUCGCCGAGGCUGUCCAUGUUUCCUCGCCGUCGUGCAGUCCUGUUCGUGCCGGCGCACCAACGGCAGUACCGGCGUCAGCGGAAACUGAAGAUGGCGGUGUGCCGCGUACCCCAGCCUCUGAUGCGCGCGAGUCACCACCGAAACGCACCUACAAGCAGGCGCUUCUGACGUUCCGCCUCCCGUCGACUACCAGCGUCCCUCCUGCUGCCGUCACGUUCGCCAAUGCUCGGGCUACUGUUCGAAAUAGACCAACACGCCACCCUCUCAACACACCGACCGCCGCUGUUUCUAUCUCUCGGCCUGUCUCGAGGCCUUUGCCUAGCGAAGCUGAAGCUGCGCCUGCACUAGUCACGCCUGUAGCUGGCACAUCUGAGCCUACUCUCGAGUCGCGGAUUCAGGCUCCCACCUUGGACGAUGACUUUGGCGUGGCUGCAGACUUACUGUACCUUUCUGCUUUGCAAACUUUAAAGGAGGAUUAGCAUGAACGCUUCCCAUGGUUGAUUUUGUGUCGUACUAACUCUGGCCUCCCAUCCCUGGAAGUGCAGCUUGUGUUCAGAUCAUGGCGUGGUCGGCUCCCAGUACGGACGCAAUGGGGAGGGAGCCGUUGACGUCCAGACGCAAGCCAUGAAGAAGCAUGCAUGCUCAACACACCACAAGGCCUGCAUCAAGGUGCAGCGAAAGGCCGAGGAGGAUGUCAAGAAGCAGAUGAAGAUUUCGGAUUUCCCCCAGGCACGAGAUCUGCAGAAGGAGCGCCUCGUCUCCCUGCUUUGGGUCCUGCACUUCACCAGCAAGUGCGAUGCGCCGAUCUAGACCUGGGUGAAACUGGUGCGUUUCCUGGCCUUGCGGAAAUGCCUGGGAUUUCCAAAGAAAUCGUACGGCACUUACUACACCACGUGAGUUCGAUGCCAUGGCUCUUUUGUCUCGCCAAGAAGGUACAGAUUCUGGAAGCUCAUGCGCUCAGCCUCCACGAGGCUCCACGAUGCACAACUUCGCCAUGUGCAUGCAAGCCCCUUCAUAGGCCUCAGCUGCAACGAGUCCACUGACCGCACCAGAGGAAAACACCUAAUUCUCUUCGCCACAUUCCUGCGUGCGUGACGGACGAGUUGUCACUCAGUUUCUUGCUUUGAUGCAGAUGCAGCAUCGAUUGAAGCCUUGAUAGUGGAGCACCUGGAGAAGAUCGACAUCCCGCUAGAGAGGAUUUCCAGCAUAAGCACCGAUGGGGCUGCAGUCAUGAUGGGGGCGAACACGGGGCUAGUGACAUGGCUACGUAUGAAGAUACCGCACCUGGGAGGCCCUGGCGGCUAAGGAUGCGGCCACCACCGUCCCCGAGCUCGGCAUCAUAUACAAAGUGAUCUGCACCGUGGCAGAGCUUGUUGGGCGCUCAGGCAACUAGCACACGAGGUUCUUGGAGCUGCAGCAAAUCUUCACGCAGACCAACCUUGAGAUGCAGGGUAUUUUCAACAUACGCUGGCUAUCUUGAGGUCGAUCUGAACGUGGUACAGGGGCUAGUCAGGCGCACCAUCGUUUACGUGGAGUGCGGCCACAACUGCGGGGGCGGCACGUCUCUCCUGCUAUCUGCCUUCAUCAAGGCGCACGGUUGAGGCAGUGACUCACAAGUUCGAUAUGCACAACGAAAUUCCAGGCGAAGAUCGUGACGACUGCAGCAUUGUGUGCAUGCGGUUUGCACAGGCAACGGCAACGAACAUCAACGACCGCUUCGGCGAUCUGGCGAAGCUGUCUGACGCCCGGCUCUUCACCCCCGAGGCCUGGCCGCUUGGCAAAAAGCAGAGGGAGGCCCAGUGCAACGAGCACUUCCAGUCACUUUUCGUCCUCUUCCAUGCGGCUGGCAGGAGAGAGGUGCUGCCAGGUCUCAACAAGCAGGCAGCACUCAGGGAACUCAACACCUUGGUCACAUUGUUGAAGGAGGAGCCAACUGGGGAGCGGAAGUUUCAUGAAGGACUGCAGGCGAUACUCAAGACUGAA